AUGUGGCUUUUCUUGCAGAGAAUGCUGUUGCCUGUAAGAAAUCGAAGGGUCUGCAAGCUCUUCUGCAGGUUAUAUUGCCAGGCUGCAAAGAGGGACACCAUCUUUGCCUUGUCUUCUGGUCAAGGAAAGUGUGGAGUGGCUGUGAUUCGAACCAGUGGCCCAGUUAGCUGUUCAGCCUUGCUCUGCAUGACAGGGACAAAGGAACCACCACCUCCAAGAACAGCUACUUUACGUAGGAUAUGUGAUCCCAGCUCUUCUGAAAUCCUGGACCGAGGCCUUGUACUAUGGUUCCCAGGACCGGGUAGUUUCACAGGCGAGGACAGUGCUGAGUUCCAUGUGCAUGGUGGCCCAGCUGUGGUGAGAGGCGUCCUGAACGCUUUGGGUGCACUUCCUGAGCUGCGCUUUGCUGAACCUGGAGAAUUCACCAAACGGGCCUUCCAGAACGGCAAGCUAGACCUCACAGCAGCUGAAGGCCUAGGAGACCUGAUUCAUGCUGAGACGGAAGGCCAGCGUCGGCAGGCCUUACGUCAGAUGGACGGGGAAUUGGGUCAGCUCUAUCAGCGCUGGACCGACACCCUCACAAAGACCCUGGCUCAUCUCGAGGCCUACAUCGACUUCAGUGAAGAUGACAACAUUGAGGACGAUGUCCUUGCUCAAGUGGAAGACACUGUCAAGGCAUUGGAGAAGGAGCUGAGGGAGCAUUUGCAAGAUGGCCGCCGCGGGCAGAGGCUGCGGGACGGCGUCCAUGUAGUCAUUGCAGGACCUGCUAAUGCUGGGAAGAGCAGCCUUCUCAACCAGUUGUGCCAAAAGCCAACUGCUAUCGUCUCUCCGGUGGCAGGGACCACGCGAGAUAUAGUAGAGACUGCCUUGAACAUUGGCGGCUUCCCUGUGGUGCUAAGCGACACGGCAGGCCUGAGAAAGACCACAGAUGUGAUUGAGAUGGAAGGAGUGAGCCGGGCUCGGCAGAGGGUCCAUGAUGCAGACCUUGUUCUGGUCAUUUUGGAUGGGAAACUAGCAGCUCAGCAGCCUGACCACUUAACUAUGUCCAUGGUAGAUGUCCUGUCUCCCGACAAGCCAAAUGAGACACAGCCCUACCUUCUGGUUCUGAACAAAAUGGACCUACUCGGAGAAGAAGACCAAGCAGAUCUCCUGAGGACCUGUGACAGACUAGGUGUAGGCCCUGCCUGCUUGUUGUCCUGCAAAACUGGAGAUGGGAUUGUGGCCUUCCUGAACGCAUUGCAGGAACAGCUGGCACGCAUGUGCGGCGACCCCCGAACUGAUUCCCCGAGCCCAACGCAAGCACGUCACCAGCUUAGCUUGCAGAAGUGCCUGGAGGCCCUGAGAUACUUUGCUGAGUACCAGGUUACGGAUUUGGUGUUGGCUGCAGAGCAGCUGCGACUGGCACGGCGACAGCUAGGGCGGCUGACAGGCCAAGUGGGCACCGAAGAGCUCUUGGCAAUCAUCUUCAGAGACUUUUGUAUUGGCAAAUGA